AUGGAAAGCAUCCUAGCCAGCUGCGUCCUAAUCGCGCAAAUAUGGAGAAUCUUACCAGGCCAGAAGAUCUUCGACAUCGGCUGCGAGCAGGACAUCGACAUCGCCCGGCCCGAAUAUGGCCGCCCCUGUACGGCGAAGGAGUCGCAUGGCUACGCGAUGAAGUCCGAGCUGAGAUCGCCACUCACCUUCCUUCGCUCAGACACUCCAUCUUUCCUGCGGGACCUGCACCGUCCUGUACGCGAGAUUUUCGACUCGGUGGCCCUGUUCCAUAAUCGGUGGUACUUUGCAAAGUCCCAAAGCGUGUAUGACCUCUUCCAGACGACAGCGGACGAUGCCCAAACGCCCCGCGUCUAUCUGUGCGAAUACUCCUACGAGACCUCUUUAGAUGAGUAG